CUGUAUAGACUGAUCAGAAGACACUACACUUGGUAUACCACAGCCAGGACUUCAUAAUUCAGUAGCUCUCCAAAGGACAGCCAACUGAGGAGUAUCACAGGAGUGGAGCCGCCUGGUGAAUCAGCAGGCCUAAUAAACAUUACCAUCUAGUUUGCAUAAAAGUCAUAAUAGCUUGAUGACUUAUCAUAUAAGCUCCUCCUACCUCAGAGAUAUUCAAAUCCAUUUUUGAAAAAGCAUUUUUCCAGCGUCCUUAGCUAUCUAACACUUAAAAUCUUCGGAGUUUGCUUAUUGAUGGAAGCUAUAAAGUCUAAGGCUAAUUGUGCCCAGAAUCCAAAUUGUAACAUAAUGAUAUUUUAUCCAACCAAAGAAGAGUUUAAUGAUUUCGAUAAAUAUAUUGCUUCCAUAGAAUCCCAAGGUGCUCACCGAGCUGGCUUGGCUAAGAUCAUUCCACCCAAGGAAUGGAAAGCCAGACAGUCCUACGAUGAUGUCAAUGACAUGGUGAUAGCCACUCCCCUCCAGCAGGUGGCGUCUGGGCGAGCAGGCGUGUUCAUUCAAUACCACAAAAAGAAGAGGGCCAUGACAGUGGGCGAGUAUCGCCUGCUGGCAAACAGUGGACAGUAUCAGACUCCACCACACUUGGACUUUGAGGAUCUGGAGCGGAAAUACUGGAAAACGCGCCUGUACGACUCGCCCAUAUAUGGCGCUGACAUCAGUGGCUCCUUAUUUGAUGCCAACACUAAACCAGGGCACGGCCAGCGCCUGGAGCGCCUGGCCAGGGAGCUUUUCCCGGGCAGCUCUCGGGGCUGCGAGGCCUUCCUGCGGCACAAGGUGGCCCUCAUCUCGCCCACUGUCCUCAAGGAGAACGGGGUCCCGUUCAGCCGCAUCACUCAGGAGGCUGGAGAGUUCAUGGUGACCUUUCCCUAUGGCUACCACGCUGGCUUCAACCAUGGCUUCAACUGUGCGGAGGCCAUCAACUUUGCCACCCCGCGAUGGAUCGACUAUGGCAAAGUGGCCUCUCAGUGCAGCUGCGGGGAGGCCCGGGUGAGCUUUUCCAUGGACGUGUUCGUGCGCAUCCUGCAGCCGGAGCGCUAUGAGCUGUGGAAACGCGGGCAGGACCAGGCUGUUGUGGACCACUUGGAGCCCACGGCGCCGGGCAGCCAGGAGCUGAGUAUCUGGAGGGAGGGCCGGGCGGCCUGGAGAUCUGCACUGGGCCUGAGGCACCUCCAGCCCCAUGGGAACACACACACCCCUGGAUCAGUGGGCACGGGUCGUGGGUCCCGCGGCCACCGUGGCAGCCGGGCCCUUGUGCAUAAGCCAUCCCUGUGCCACUCGCUAGGCCGGGGUUCUGUCUCUGCUGCCCAGCCUGCGGCUGCCAUGGCCCUCUGCUCCUCAAAGCCCGACCCAUCUUCACAGCCAACAUCUGCCCAGGAUCGCCAGCCAACUGGCACACGUGGUCGCGGUCGAGGUCGGGGUCGCGGUCGCGGUCGUGGUCGUGGUCGUCCUCGGAAACAGGGGACUCAAGAGUCCAUUGUUCAGACCCCGGCUAAGAGGCGCCGCCUAGUGGGCGCAGUGCGCACAGCUCCGGAUCCCAAAGCCCAGCCUGUGCCUGAGGACAAACCCUCCAUGGACAGCCCAGCACCGCUGGUCCCAGCAUCCUAAGGUGGCUUUUGGGUGCUGCUGUUCCCCCGUCCCCUAAGCCCAGGGGACACCUACGUUUGUUCUCCAUGUUCUUUUGUGUGGAGAUUCAUUGAGCCUGGCCACAUUUACAUCUCAAUGCUGUGAGCAAGUUUGUAAGUCACUGGUCUUGCAUGAGAGUUUCCCUGUUGCCUCUGGACAGGCUGAGUCCCUGGUAUUUAACAAGUUCGCCAUAGUUUAUUCUUCCUCCCAGAUCCUGGAAUGUUCUUGGACACUGCUAACUCCUGUGUGGCCAAUGAGCUUCACCCACUGGACACCCCGUGUCCAUGUGCACCCUGAAGGUUCUGCUGAGUUUGCCAAAGCCGGAUCUACCCCCAACUUCCAUCCUCUGGAACAGCUGUGGAUGUUGCCCAUCUUCAGAAGAAUCCUGGGCUUUGGUUCCCCUCCAGUCUCACUCCCUUUUCUUUUCUUCCUCCCCUUGCUCCCUCGUCCCCUUUCCUCCUAA